AUGUCUGCUGCAGUGAUGGCGGGCGCGGUCACGGCGUCGGACCCUAAUGGCACGCCAUGCGCCCAUAAAGAGUCAUAUGCGUGCGGACUAGUCGCAGGUUAUAACAAUGACUGGGCAUUUUUGUUUUACUGUACGGAAGAUAGCACUAUUCUGGUCAUCCAGGAUUGCUCCUGCCCGACUUGCUGUACCAUCCCUAACCCUAAAGGCGCAACUUUAGGUGGGUCCGCCUGCAGUGGAGAUGGAAGUCCCAACGUCGUCGUCGUCGUCGUGCGUUUCGCCUCCCUUAGUGAAAAGGGCACACAGCCUGCGUAUGGACCUUUCGACAAAGACACGCAUUUUGUGUAUGGCCUUCAAGCGUGCAUUGGAGUGUGGGUAUUAAGGCUAAGACAGGCGAGGAAGAUUUUGUGGAAGGCGAAAAAGAGAAGGGGUGUCUUGAUCGUUGGGCCUGCUACUGUUGGUGGGAUUAAGCCUAGGCGCUUCAGGAUUGAGAAUUCUGGAAGCAUCGACGUACACCUGCACGCAGCACGACAGACAGCACCAUCCCCUCCAAGCUCUACCGCUCCGACAAUAUCGAGCGGUUCUAGCUGCAAGUUUCGUCUCGUAAUGUCACGGUGGCAAAACCAAACAAGCAACGCUAUUCACCCACUUCACAUUCAUUGUUCCGGUAAAACAUUCUGGUUACCACGCUCUGACGCAGAGCGACGCAGCUACAGCACAUCUCAAGAGAUUCACGGUCAACAACGCACUCGUGGCGUCAACAAAGAUGCGGCCAAUGAAUUGGACAGCAACGGCACGUCAGAGAACCAGUGA